UAAUCCCAGCUGCUGCUCAGGAGGUUGAGAUGGGAGGACUGCGGUUUGUGAAAGUCAGGAGCCAUGAUACCUGCCAGGCUGUUUCGGGCCAGCCUUGGCCCCGUGCUGGAGGGCGUGGCACGGUGGGCUCCAUGCCCCCGGGCUGGCCUCAAGCCUGGCCAGCUCCUUCCAGAGCAGGCGUUGUCCAGGCCACUCUCGGCGGGCUGUGUGGACCGCGCCAAGCAUCGGGAGUCUCCCGGGAAGAAGCCACUCUCUGAGAAGAAACUGAAAAGAUACUUCGUGGACCAGCGCAGAGUGUUUGUCCGCGGAGGAAAUGGAGGCUCUGGUGCAAGCUGCUUCCACAGUGAGCCCCGCAAGGAGUUUGGAGGCCCUGACGGUGGGGACGGCGGCAGUGGUGGCCACGUCAUCCUGAGAGCCAACCAGCAGGUCAAGUCCCUGUCCUCAGUGCUGCCCCGGUAUAGAGGUUUUGAUGGAGAAGAUGGCAGCAGCAACAACUGCUCUGGACGAGGUGGCGCCGUGCUGUACAUUCAGGUCCCCGUGGGCACGCUGGUGAAGGAGGGGAGAGAGGUGGUGGCCGACCUGUCGAGCCCGGGAGAAGAGUACACGGCUGCGCUCGGCGGGGCCGGAGGAAAAGGCAACCGCUUCUUCCUGGCCAACGACAACCGCGCCCCGGUCACGUGCACGCCGGGAGAGCCAGGCCAGGAGCGCACCCUCUCCCUGGAGCUCAAGACCAUGGCCCACGCUGGCCUGGUGGGAUUCCCCAACGCAGGGAAGUCCUCGCUCCUCCGAGCCAUCUCCAACGCCAAGCCUGCCGUGGCCGCCUACCCGUUCACCACCCUGAAUCCCCACGUGGGGAUCGUCCGCUACGAAGACCACCAACAGCUAGCAGUGGCCGACAUCCCGGGCAUCAUCCGAGGCGCCCACCGAAACAAGGGCCUGGGGCUGGCCUUCCUGCGGCACAUCGAGCGCUGCCUCUUCUUCCUGUUCGUGGUGGACCUCUCUCUGCCAGAGCCGUGGACUCAGGUGGAGGACUUAAAGGACGAACUGGACAAGUACGAAGCAGGCCUGUCCGCGCGGCCUCACGAGAUCGUGGCCAAUAAGCUCGAUCUCCCGCAGGCCCGGGCCCGCCUGGCCCAGCUGCAGGCCCGCCUGGGGCGGGAGGUGGUCGCCCUGUCCGCCCUGACCGGGGAGAACCUGGAGCAGCUGCUGCUGCGCCUGAAGGGGCUGCACGACGCCCACGUGGCGGCGGAGCUGGGGCAGGGCCGCCGGCCCCUCCGCUGGUAGCCCCGCCGGGCCCCGCGCCCGGGGCCGGGGGCUGGCACGGGGCUGGCGCGGGGCCGGGCGCGCGCGCGGAGGGCUCAGCAAACCUGCCGGAGGCGUGGGCGGCCUCGCAUGCCUAAGAGAGAGUGCUUGUAAAUA